UUCCUCCUCCUCCCCCUCUGUCAAGUCUCCACCUCGUGUUGUUAUAGCUCUCACACACUUUCCCUCAUCGGCCUUCUCAGAGCUGUGACUUUAUCAGCCAGUCGAGUGGGACGGAGAUCAGUGAUGGAGGAGCCGCGGCCAAUCGACCUGACGUACGUCACCGAGCGCAUCAUCACCUUGUGCUGCUCUCCUGACUGCGCUGAGGAGACGUACCUGAGGAGCCUGCAGGAGAUGAUCGGCAUGCUGCAGUCCAAGCACGGGCGCAACUACAUGCUCAUCAACGUGUCUCAGAGGAACAGCAGCCUCUCACAGAUGAACCAUAAGGUCCUGGACUCGGGUUGGGCGGAUCUCGUGGCUCCCAGCUUGGAUCAGAUUCUCAGUGUGUGCACGGCGAUGGAGAACUGGCUGCAGGCCGACGUGAAGCAUGUGCUGGUUCUUCACUGCAGGGGAGGACGAGGACGGCUCGGGGUCCUGAUCGCCUCCUACUUACACUUCAGCAACAUGUCAGCCAGUGCAGACCUCUCUCUGGACCACUUCGCCAUGAGGAGGUUCUACAACGACAAGCUGUCCGGCCUGAUGAGCCCGUCACAGAAACGGUACGUGUGGAUGCUGGCGAGUGUUUUGAAAGGAGGACUCACGAUGUGUCCGUCUCCGUCUUUCCUCCUCUGUGUCGCUCUGCACUCUCCUCCCAGGACACGAGCAGAUGGAGGGUGUUGUCUCUUUCUGAGGGUUUACCAGAGCCUCCAGCCUGUGUGUACAUCAGCAGUUUACCAUGUCUCUGCAGGACAGACGGACAGACUGUACUUCAUACUGCAGCCGGCUCAGCUGCUCAAAGGAGACAUCAUGGUGGUGUGUUAUGAUAAAGACAGCCGGUCAGACCGCCGUCAGGUCGUCUUCCGGCUCCAGUUCCACACCGGCCUGGUGCACCAGCACUCCCUGACGUUCCUGAAGGCCGACCUGGACGCUGCCAGUGAAGAUCCUCGGUUCCCAGACGAUGGCAAAGUGGAGCUGUUUCUGUCUGAGAGUCCUGAGAAGAUCAGAGGUCGAGAGCUGUGGCUGAACGGCGACUCUGUGGCCGUGGACUACGACACCUUGGACCCUCUGGUGAGAAGAGACUCGUUCACAGAGACGUGUCCUCCUCCAGCAGCUCCACCUCAUGUCCUCGAUGGCAGCGUGUACGCCUCAGUGAGGAAGACGAGCGGUGAGGAAGGACUCUCGUUCAGUCCCGGCUGCAGCGAGCGAGCUCCGUCCGCCAGCAGCGACUCAGGCCUGUCGGUCGCCUCGCAGGGGAGGACCACGGCCCGGCAGCGGAGAGGACCCGUGAAGGACAGGAGCGCCCAGGCAGGGCGGCUGCUCUCUGGGCUGGACUUUGAGGUCGUUCAGCCUCUCCUGGAGGUCAUGGCUGAGCUGGCUGCGUGCGGUGGGGGGGUGGAGCUGGCUCGAGAUGAGUCUGGACUGGGACACACUCUCAACGGGGAGGCUUCGUCCAGCGAGCGGGAGACGGACAUACUGGACGAUGAGGACGAAGCAGAGGAAGCAGCUGCUCCUGCUCUGGAGGAGCCAGGCUCCAGGAGUCUCUGCUCCUUGUACUCCACCCGCUCCUGGGUGCAGCAGCAGCAGAGGGCGGAUGUUGUUGGAGAUAAUGACCUUGACAUGGAUGCGCAGAGGAGGUUGAGCAGAGGGAGAGCGGAGAGGCCGCCGCCACUGGUCGUUCCUGACACGCCACCUCGAGGAACCGGCAGCAGCCAGGCCGUGCACAGAGGCCCGCUGGACGAGGGGGGGGCGCACAACCUCACACAACACACAGGCGACACACGUAACUCACAGUUUGCUCACACUACACAAAGCUCCGCUCACCACCAGGACGAUCUGGCUUCGUUGACCACGGACGUGGACGAGUCCAUAGAGCAGCUGAACCUGCUGAUUCUGGAUUUGGACCCGACCUUUGUUCCUGUUCCAAACAGCUGUGCGCCGCUGUCCCGCUCGGCCUCCCUGUACACCAACGGCCUGAGCCACAAGGGGAACACACAUCUGUCAGGGUGGAAGCAGCAGCAGCAGCUCAGCGACGUGACGGACUACGCUGCUCCACGUAGUCCAGGAUGGAGAGAGGGCGGCCCUCAGACCUUCAGGGGCUCCCCGGCCUGCAGCCCCCCGUUCUCACCUUCACGGAUUCUCCACAAAACCGACAGUAUAAACUACCCGGGCCACGCCAGCAGCCCGGGCCCCGUCCCCCAGACUCCGGCCUUCCCCGUGUCCCCCCCGACGCCCUACGUGAAACAUUUCUCGGAGGUUUCCGGGCGCAGGACCAGUGAGCAGUGGGAGCACCACAGCUGGACACAAGACGCCAGGAGUUUCCUGGAGAGCAUGAACAUCACCGGCGGCUCGGCGGAGGGAGACGUGUUCCGAUCAGACGCGUCGGUCGCUCCUGCUUCCUGUCAGAGGAUCUUCGGCUCCAUGUGCUCGGUGUCGUCAGGAAGCCCCCUCCCACUCGCAGACAGUGCCACCCCCCCUCCAGUGUGGCACGACCGGACCCCCCCCCAGCCCUCAACCCCCCUCGCCCUCAGCACUCCCAACGCCCACAGUUCUCCCCGGGGGCCUCUGAGGAGCCCGGCUGGAGGGGUGAGCGUCCGCAGAGGGACGGACAGCCCCGACCUGUCCUCCAUGUUGUUGGGGAACGGGGACCUGGAACACAGCCUCCUGGAGGCCGUGGAGGGCCUCGGGGAUCUGAGCCUCGGGGGUCUGAGCCUCGGGGGUCUGAGCCUUGGGGGUCUGAGCCUCGGGGGAGACGGGGGCCACGUUCCCCUGCUGCCUGAGAAGAGGAGGUGGGGUGAGAGGGGAGAUCUUGGCUCGCGCUCCCCUUCUCUGAGCGGGUAUUCCAGCCCUCGCAGCGGGAGCAGCAUCAGCAUCCCGUUCUCGUCCUCCAUGACCCCGGACCCCCUCAGGGGCCUCAGCGGGGCCUCGUCCCCCGGAGCAGACUUCGGCAGCAAGCAGGACACCGUGAAGUUUGUUCAGGACACGUCCAGGUUCUGGUACAAGCCCGACAUCUCCAGAGACCAAGCCAUCACGCUGCUGAAGGACAGGGAGCCCGGCUCCUUUGUGGUCAGGGACAGUCACUCGUUCCGUGGAGCCUACGGCCUGGCCAUGAAGGUCGCGACCCCCCCGCCGUCUGUGUUACAACAGAGUAAGAAAGCAGGAGACUUGUCCAACGAGCUGGUGAGACACUUCCUGAUCGAGUGCACACAGAAAGGAGUUCGUCUGAAGGGCUGCCCCAACGAGCCUUACUUUGGAAGUCUCACUGCUCUGGUUUGUCAACACUCCAUCACUCCUCUGGCUCUGCCCUGCAAACUCAUCCUGCCGGACAAAGACCCAGUGGAGGAGCAGAAUGACUCACCUGCACAAACAGCGACAAACUCAGCAGCUGAACUUCUGAAGCAGGGAGCAGCGUGCAACGUGUGGUACCUGGGCUCUGUGGCACUGGAGUCGCUGACGGGACACCAGGCGGUGCAGAAGGCGACAACAGUGACGCUCGCCAUGGACCCGCCGCCGGCCUCCACCGUGGUGCACUUCAAAGUGUCGGCACAGGGCAUCACACUCACCGACAACCAGAGGAAGUUGUUCUUCAGGAGACACUACGCCGUCAACACGGUUAUAUUCUGUUCUCUGGACCCACAGGACAGGAAAUGGACGAGAGGCAGCGCUUCCACGGCCAAGAUCUUUGGAUUCGUCGCCCGGAAGUCUCAGAGCGAGACGGAGAACAUGUGCCACCUGUUCGCCGAGCACGACCCGGAGCAGCCGGCCAGCGCCAUCGUGAACUUCGUCUCCAAGGUCAUGAUCGGGUCGCACAAAAAGUAACAAGAGAGAGAGAGAGGGACUCAAACUACAGACUGAGGCUCAGCUUCAAGCCCACUUCAAUACGAGGGAAGUGACUUUCAAAGUAAAAGACUUGCGAAAACCCCACGAAGCCAAACACUCCGGCUCCAGGUGCUGAUGUCCAACCUGAGGAGGAACCAGCAGCUCGGUGCUGACUGAGCUGCAGCAUUCUGCCACUAGAGGGAGACAAAACCUACAUUCAUUAUUCAUAAAGUUAAAGGCCUCCAGUGUGAACUGUGCCUGAAAUCAGAAACUUUCUAACAUGAAACCUGAUUUAGUCACGUUUUAAAACCUUUGUCUGAUUUGUUUGUACUUUAAAUUCAUCAAUUUCGCUUUUUACUGGAAUUCACUGUCGGAAAAAACUAAUGUCAUUCUGAUUAAACCUGAAGAAUAUCAGAUAUUCUGCACAUUAAUAUAUAUAUGUUCUUAAAAGUGUGGUUUUGACUUUGGAUUUUUAUCUUCGUUGUAAAAAAUGUAUAAAUCAGAUUUCAAUGUCAAAACCCACACGUCCACUUGACAUGUUAUGAAAUGUUGUGGUUGCUUCGUGCUUGAGAUGGAUUUAUUGUGUGUUUAUAUUUUGCUCAAAGAAUUUAUCUCAUUUUACUGACAUGUUGUCCCUGAAUAUACACUUGUCAUAUAUUUUUGUAUAUUAACAUAAACUGUACAAUAGGAUUAAAGGCAGUGUACCUCAGAAUUUAUAGAGGAUGUUUUA